AUGUCGACAAGUAGCAGCUCAAAUCAAUCAGUAGCUGUGUCAAUUUUUUCUGGAGAGAAUUACGAUUUCUGGAGUGUCAAAAUGAAAACGUACUUCCUAUCUCAAGACUUAUGGGAUGUUUUCGAAAGCGGUGUAACAACAAUGACUGAAACUACAGCAACCACUCCGGAGCAACAAAAGAAACUGAAAAACAUGAAAUUGAAUGAUCACAAAGCCUUGUACACAAUUCAGAUGGCAAUAGAUGACACAAUUUUUCCGCGAAUUAUGGGAGCUACAACAGCAAAAGAGGCAUGGAUUUUGCUGAAGAAUGAGUUUCAAGGAAACGAAAAGGUACGAACGGUUAAAUUACAAUCACUAAGAAGAGAUUUAGAGAACAUUAAAAUGAAAGAUUCAGAAACUUCAAAAUAUUACUACUCGAGAGUAAAGGAGAUAGUCAAUCAAAUGAAAAGUUAUGGAGAAAACAUUGGUGAUAAGAAGUUGGUGGAAAAAAUUCUGAUUAGCCUCACCGACAAAUAUGACCCGAUAGUCACUGCAAUUGAAGAGUCGAAAGAUAUCGCAAAUCUUUCGGCGACGGAACUUAUGGGUUCGCUUGAAGCCUAUAAACAAAGGUUAAGCAGGCGUAAUGAAACUCCAAUUGAGAGUGCAUUUCAGUCUAAAUUUAGUAUGAAUACUCGAAGCUACGGAGACAAAUGUGAAGACAAAAAUAUUUCUAAAGAAGUAAAAGACAACUACGGGGAGGAAAGAUGGAGGAAAGAUAAUCCACCAUGUAGAUUUUGUAAAAGACAAACCAUUUAG